UUCUCCGGCCAAAAAAGAAAAAAAAAAAUCCUUGUUCGAACCAUUCGAGUAUUUUGUACGCUCGUCAUCGAAGCUCCCGCUGUGCUUCCUCCAGAUGGGAGGCGGCCGCAGCGGUGGCGGAGGACAAGGGGAGGAGCGCCGAACCCUCGCCAAGAUCGCCCUCACCUCGCUGUCGGCGGCGGUGGCGGAGACCGCGACCUUCCCGAUAGACAUCAUAAAGACCAGGCUCCAGCUCCACGGCGAGUCUGCACACCUCUGCCCGCCCGCCGGCACCUCCGCCGCUGGCAACGCCCUCCGAGUCGCCUCGGAGAUCUGGAGGAAGGGCGGCGUGCUCGGAUUCUACAGUGGCCUCUCCCCCGCCGUCCUCCGCCAUCUCUUUUACACCCCCAUCCGCAUCGUGGGCUACGAGCACCUUCGGAGCGCCGCCGGCACCGACGGUUCUCUCCUCGGAAAAGCCCUCGCCGGGGGCGCUUCUGGCGUCCUCGCUCAGGUUGUGGCAAGCCCAGCUGAUCUUAUAAAGGUGAGGAUGCAAGCAGAUAGCCGUCUUUUGAGCCAAGGACUGCAACCCAGGUAUGCAGGGAUAUUUGAUGCCUUGACAAAGAUUAUCCAAACAGAAGGCUUUCUGGGACUUUGGAGGGGGGUGUUUCCUAAUGCGCAGAGAGCAUUUCUGGUCAACAUGGGCGAAUUGACAUGCUAUGACCAUGCAAAGCAUUUCAUUAUUCGCAAGCAAAUUUGUGAGGAUAAUGUAUUUGCUCACACAUCGGCAUCAAUAGCUUCCGGUCUCUCAGCAACUGCUCUUAGCUGUCCAGCUGAUGUGGUCAAAACUAGAAUGAUGAAUCAAGCUUCGGGCAAAAAGACCCAGACAUUAUACAGGAAUUCUUAUGAUUGUUUGGUUAAGACUGUGAAAUUUGAAGGCAUGAUGGCAUUGUGGAAGGGUUUUUUUCCGACAUGGGCAAGGCUCGGCCCAUGGCAGUUUGUAUUCUGGGUAUCUUAUGAAAAGUUUCGACAAGCAUAUGGUCUUUCAUCUUUUUGAUAAACUUGAGGCGCCUUCUUGUCCAGUUCCUAUAUGGUUCCCAUUUGAUUAGCCAAAUCUGAUAAAAUUGUCAGGGUUUCAUUCAAUUUAACAACAGAAAGGCAUGGUAGUUUUAGAUUUCACUAGAAGCAACUGUAAGUGCCCAAAAUAUGAAAUAUUUAUUGAAAGUGCCAUUGUUUGUUUUUCAA